AUGACAAGCAUGAGUUCCGCCCCAGACCCCAACGAUCACGACGAUCGAGUUGUCAAAAUCAACCUUGGCGACCCAAUGUACGAGCAAUGGCACGGCAGACACUUCAACCGCAAGCUAGAGACUGAUGCCACUCUACGCCAGGAGUUUGGUCUACGCUACCAAGGCGCCAAAGUUGAAUUCAUCAAUCUCCCCACUGGCUACACCGUUACCAAGAAAAGACGCGGCAACGAUCAAUCCACCUCAGACUAUGAGAUUUGCGGUCACUUUGCCUUGCGCAAUCGCUUCUUCAACUCUGCUCCUCAGUUUUUGGAGCAUGCUGUUGGGAUCAUGAAGUUGCAUUUGGUGGAUUGGCUUCAAUUGACUCCGGGUGGGCAAGCUUCGGAAGCUGAUGGGUUGGAGUGUAAGUGUGUGCUUUGCAAGAGUCCUACUGCUGAGAUGGAUUGGGUGAAGAGGAAGGGGGAUAAGAAGGUUGUGGGUGGGUAG